AGGCACCAUCCUGCUUGUCCCGGUUCAGAGGCGUCACAGCCGCGAUGUGUCAUUUCGACAGAUAAAUCACCGAUCCAGUCGCGCGUGCUGCUCCUGAGCCUGGAUAAUGUCUGAGCGCGGCCGUUAGUCUGAUCAUUCUUGUUUGCUUUCACCGAUGACAACAACCUCCUUUUUAAGAAUCUCGUCACUUGCUUUGAAUCGGGAUGCGGAUGAUCUUUCCAGCGGGCAACAUGUCCCUCAUCGCCCUGACUUUGGCGCUGCUCACUAUCGUCCUCUGCACUUCUCAGGUCAGUGGGAACGAGGACUGUCUGUGGUACGUUGAUAAAAAUGGCACCUGGCACAAUGGCUUCGACUGCCCGCUCAUCACGUUCUGCUGUGGGAACUGCCACCGGCGCUACUGCUGCCUGGACGCCUUUAAGAUGAUCACAGAGAGGGAGCAGAAACGCUGCAUGCUCUUCCAGUUCAGUCCCACCACUUUAGCUGGCAUUGCUUCCUCCAUCCUCCUGUUUGUGGCGAUCAUUGCGACCAUGGUCUGCUGCUUCAUGUGCUCCUGCUGUUACCUCUACCAGCGAAGGCAGCAGAGGGGCAGGACACCUUAUGAUGCCCAGCAGAUCCCCAUGGCCAGUUACCCAGUGGAGCCCAUGUAUGACGCUUAUGGAAAACCACUGGGACCCUCUGAGUAUCUACAUGCAGCUUAUCCAAUGGCGCCCCAGUACCAUGGCAUGCCCCCACAGUACCCAGUGAUGCAGCCUGGACCUUAUCCACCUCACCUGAUGGAUCCUGCAUACAGCCAGGCCCCUCCACCUUACUCUCCACCUCAGUAUCCUGGUCAUUGAUGGGCUCGUCUUCAUGCGCGCGUGCACACACACACACACACACACACACACACACACACACACACUGUGGUAAAUAAAAGCAACUGAGAGAAACGACUGUUUCAAGCGGAGAAGGCAGCAACGCUCUCUCACACGCACAAACACAUACACUCAAAUAUACACUACAGCUUGACUAGCAGUGGUUUGCCUGUGAAAGAAAACAGGAGGCACUUUAAGGUUUUUGUUUGUUUGUUGUUUAUUUACAACGUUGUCCUACUUUUCUGGAGUGUUUACACAAGUCAAAUUCUGUUCUGCAACCUGACGCCUGAUUGCUGCUGGCGGGUUUCAAAGAGGGCGUCACACCAUCUCCAAAGUGAGGAGGUAUCCGUCUGGCUUCUCGACUCUGUGCUGCCACUUCUGCUCUGACACGCUCACCUCAAUGACAGUGUCACCUGAAAGACAGGGCUCAUUACCUUACAGCAGAGGGGUCAGAAGGGAUUUACGUGAAAAAAUGAUAAUGCACUCCCUCUUUAUUUAUUAAAAGGGGGAAAUGCUUAUCUCCCUCACUUUUGUUAAAUUUGAAUAAAUUGGUAACUACCUAAGGCGACAUUCCAGGUCAUAUCAGUCAUUGAUCAACAUUUUCCAAAUAUGAUGACAAGUUUUUAUCUCUGUAUUUGAUGGGGGGGGGGUUUCGUAAUGUGUUAGAGGAUAAAGGUAAAAACAAAUUGCACAUUUGAUUAAAAAGCUGUCAUGUAUGGCUCAAAGGCAGCGUGAUACUGUCUUAAACUUUCUCAGAUGGCUUAAAGGAUUUUAUGGUACUUCUAAUUCUGUGUAAGCAUUUAGUCUCCUGCUAAGUUCAACUCUACUUUUUUGUAUCUGACUCGACUAAUUUAUUUCAUGGUAGUAUCUUAGCUUGCCCCAUUGUAAUCCCAUUGUUACAUCUUGAUAUCAGCAUGCUACCCCCCAGUCAAAGUUAAAUCUGUCCUCUCACGCUUUUUUUUCUGGUUUUAAAUGAAUUAAAAAUCAGUCUUCAGAUGAAUCCCAUAAUGCCAGGUAGGAUGUUUUUAUACAGAACAUUCCAUGUUAAAUGUUUAUUUCAUGUAACAUAUCAGUCGGUCGGUGCAGCUUGAUUAAAACAAAAUGUCCCGCCUUAAAAUAGUUGGAGGAUAAAAGAAAUUUAAUAUUUAAAUACAUAUUUUGUAAAUCUGUUCUUCAUCUGAAUAUUUUAUGAUAUUCUAACAUAAUGUAUUGUUAAUGUAACAUAAGAUAUGACGUUUUAGCAUUUGGCACCUUUCCAUUAGGUAGUGUUGUCCUUGAAUUUAACUUUUACUGUAAACGGGUUCUCACUUUGUGGAAAGCUACAAAGCCAAAAAUCACUACUGUUGAAAAAAUUGAUUUUGUCGACCACCUGUUUUUAAAGCAGCAGUUUGACAUUUACGGAAAUGAGGUUAUUUUCUUUCUUGCAGAGAGUUACAUGAGGAGAUCAAUACCAAUCUCUUGUAUGUGGUAAAUAUAUAGCUAAGCUAACUUUAGCUGUUAGCUGAAGUCAGCAACUGGUUAGCUUAGCUUAGCAACAGGCUAAGAUAGACAGGAAACAGCUAGCUGGCUCUGUUCUGAGAUAAUAGCUCACUAAUUAACUUUAUAUCUUGUUUGUUUAAUUUGUACAAAAGUAGAAAAAUUGACAAGUUGCAGUUUUAUGGGAGAUUAUGUGACCGAAUAGGUUUCUUUCUUUGCUGUGCUGGGAGACCAGUGGAAUCCGGCACAUGUAAAACAGCGAAUUGUGUUUUUUCCACUCUGGUUUUAGUAUGGAUUAAAUCGACCUGUUAAUUAGUGAGCUUUUGAGGUGCUAGUAGAUGGAUUUUGUCACAUUUUGACAGCCAGAGUAGUUUUUUCACCACCCUUUCCUGUCCUUGUGUUAAGAAAGCCGGUUGCAACUAGAGCAGCUAAUUAGCUAACUUUUUUGACUUAGCUAACUACAUUUACGACACAUACCUGAGUAAUCAGUCUUCUCAUCUCUGUCUUAAGAAAGCAGAUAACCCAGGGGUACUUCCCAAUAUGUCUUUUUUUAUUUACAGAUUUGGGCUCCAGUGAGGUCAGGGCCUGUAACCUGUAAUUAAUCUGUAGUAUGUUAUGCCCCUUAAUAAUAAAAUAAUAUGAUUGAUUUCUCAGGCAGUGUUGUACAGUUAGCUGGCUGGCCUGGACUACUUUAAUUAAAGUGUAAUUUAUCUCCAACUUUAAGUCAAAUGAGACACAAACAAGACAAGACACCUUUUACCGGCUAUUACAGCGUAAUUGUUUCUUCCUAUGGUGACAUCCAUAUGUAAUGAUUUGUUGAGCCAUUGUAAAGCACAAAGAGAAAACUGGAUGUUUCUUCAUAAGAUGCUUUCAUAUGUAGUUCAACAUAACAUUUGCUCAAUGAUGUUUAGGUUUAUUUGUGCUUCUGAACCAACUCCAUGAGUGUGUUUAAUGACCUGACAUCAGUUGGCAAAAUAACUUUUUGUCUGUUGUCUUAUGGAUGGUAUGACAUUGUCAUAUUAAGUGAGUGAAAAGUUCUUAUUUCUAUUAACAUAAAAUUUAACUUUGGAAUGUAAA